ACAACAACCGCCUUGGCCCCAAACCUUCCCCAAUUGCUGUGUAUGCUCCUCGUCCCGUAUACAUAAUUGUUUUGUGUGCAUUUGCGUUUGCGCUUGCGCCGCAAUUGAUCCCAUCGCAAGACCCAACGGAGCGCACCAACAAACAGUAGCAAUCAUCAUGGAUACUUCGAAACCCGCCGCUUCCUCGUCGGCCGCUCCCCGCCGGUCCUUCAAAGCCCAAUACCUCAUCCUGUACAAUUUCGUCUCGGCGGUUCUCUGGACCACCGUGUUUGGCCGCGUCGUGCUUCUCGUCCCCCUUGUUGGCUUCACGCAUGUGUAUGGGGGUGUAGGAAAUUUUGCAAAAUGGACACAGACUCUUGCGCUGCUGGAGGUCGUGCAUGCCCUUUUUGGAAUUGUGCGCUCGCCCAUUACCACGACCGGAAUGCAAGUCGCGUCGAGACUGCUCCUGGUAUGGGGCAUUGUGAACAAUUUCACCCGGCAGACCGCGCCCUCGGUGGCGUAUUCGACCAUGCUGUUCGCGUGGAGCUUUACUGAGAUUGUGCGGUACUCGUAUUUUGUGGCUGCUCUGGGAUCGGGCGGGUCAGGGGUGCCCAAGAUAUUGACGUGGUUGAGAUAUAAUACGUUCUAUGUCCUGUAUCCGCUUGGCAUUCUGAGCGAAGUCACGCUGGUGUACAAAUCGCUCGGUCCAGCAAAGGAAUGGGGUUACAUUUACGAGAUUAUACUUAAGAGUGUCUUGCUCAUCUAUAUUCCUGGUUCAUAUAUCCUGUACUCGCACAUGAUGGCACAAAGACGAAAAGUCUUGAGAGGAAAGCAAAGACAGACUUAAAAGCACUGUAGAAUCUCAGUUAAAUAAUACGUGUAGAUACGAGAGUUAGGCUAUCUCGAUGCAUUGAAGGGGUAUCAUUUUGGGCAUUAAAUUAAAAAAUGGGGGUAAAUUGAAAUGCAUGGCAUCAAAAACGAUGCUGAAAUGUCGCUUUUGGUUAACGCCAAGAAACUUA